UUUUUCUUCUUCUUUUUUAAAACAAAUUCCACACUGACAGACACUGUCGUCGUCGUCAAAGCUUCGAAGCUCAGCUCAAAACAACAGACGACAAAAUGCAAGCAUCAAUCACAUACUCACCACUUUCAACUAAAUUUAUCAAAUUCAGAACAAUCUUACAGCAACACAAACCAAACAAUUUCUUCAAAACCAAAUCCUAUUUUGCAUCAAACAAAACCAUUUUCUCACCUAACACUAUGCAAUUUUCAACCUCAAUCACCAUUAAACCCUUCCACAUCAAAAUCCCCCAAAGUCUCCAUCUCCAACUUGGGUCCACUUCGUUGCGGCAUUUCAUCGAACAGUGAGAGUGCAAAUGUGGAUGGGAGAAGUUUUAGGCAAUGGGUUGAGGUUGCCGGUGAGGCGAUAUCGACGGCGUUUCCGUUAUGGGUUACGAUUGGGUGUGUGUUGGGUUUGUUGAGACCAAAUUCGUUCAAUUGGGUUACUCCUAAAUUGAGCAUUGUUGGACUUAGUGUAAUUAUGCUUGGUAUGGGUAUGACUUUAACUCUUGAUGAUCUUCGUUCUGCUCUUUCUAUGCCUAAAGAAGUUCUUUCUGGUUUUUUCCUUCAAUAUUCGAUAAUGCCAUUAUCUGCAUUUUUUAUAAGCAAACUCUUAAAUCUACCAUCACAUUAUGCAGCUGGUUUAAUAUUAGUUGGGUGCUGUCCUGGAGGCACGGCUAGUAACAUUGUAACGUAUCUUGCACGUGGAAAUGUGGCACUUUCUGUUGUAAUGACAGCUGCAAGCACUCUAUCAGCCGUGAUCAUGACUCCUUAUCUGACAGCCAAACUUGCUGGUAAAUAUGUUGCUGUGGAUGCAGCUGGCUUAUUAAUCUCGACAUUGCAGGUUGUGCUUUUUCCUGUAUUGGCUGGUGCACUUCUGAAUCAGUAUUUCCAACCUCUUGUUAAACUCGUGUCUCCAUUGAUGCCACCCUUAGCUGUAGCAACUGUGGCAAUUUUAUGUGGAAAUGCAAUUUCACAGAGUUCUUCUGCAAUCCUUAUGUCUGGUGGACAGGUUAUCUUAGCUGUCUGCCUUCUUCAUGCUUCUGGUUUUUUCUUCGGAUACGUUCUUGCCAGGAUUCUUGGUCUAGAUGUGUCAUCAUCGCGAACUAUAUCCAUUGAAGUUGGCAUGCAGAACUCAGUUCUUGGCGUAGUUCUGGCUGCCAAGCACUUUGGAGAUCCCUUAACAACAGUACCUUGUGCUGUUUCAAGUGUGUGUCACUCAAUCUUCGGUAGCAUCUUAGCAGGAAUGUGGAGACGCUCUGUGCCACCUGAGAUGAAGGUCAAGGACUGAAUAUAGCUAGCUGGAUAAUCUUUUGCUUGUAAAUAGGAUGUUUCAUUGUUGUAACAUUUUCUAGUCACCAAAUACAUUGUUUUUCAGUGUCAAGGUUCUUCAAUCAUAUUAUUUUCAAGUAAACGGUACAAAUGAGUUAGACUAAGUAUAUCUUUGGAUGCAUGGUGAAGAUUGUGAAGAAAUGAUUUUCCUCAAGAGAGAUAUGUUUCUUUUAUGUUUAAAAA